CUGUGGUGGCUUUCAAUUUCAGCCGAUGGUUAUUCCGAAGCCGCUCAAAUUUGCCACCUGAGGGGACAAACGAGUGAGACAACAGAAAUACACAUUGUGUGAGUUUCUUUUGCAAUGACUGAUUUAUUAGUGAUUUCCAAGUUUAUGACUUGGGGCAUAUUCAGGAAGUAUGUAUGGAUGUGGUUGGCUGUCUGCGCCUGGUAAUGUAAUGCUUAAGUCACCGCUGCAGUACCAAAGGUCAUUACUACACGAACUAAAUCAGAUCUAAAAAAGCACGUCAAGAUCAACACCGUAACCAUCACGAGCCUGAUCCAAGGAAGUAAGCAAAAUUACCACCCGAAUGAUCAAAGACCUUGUCGAGGUGGAUCCAAUUUUAUAUUCGUUUGAUAUUAUCCAGUGUUACUCCAAAACUGACAAAAUCGAGGGAGUGUUGUCGUCGGAACACUAAUCAUAGAAAUGCCAAGGAGCAGGAGCGCAAAGGGAUGUGCACUACUCCCUAAUAAAUCAAGUCCUUGUGAGAUUUUGGCCAAAUGUGUUAAAGAAAGUCACUUUCUUUGAUUUUGCAAAUUAUAUUUUUUUGUGGUAGAUAGGCUACGUCUCUCAAAUUCUUGAAGUGUGCUGGCAACCAUUAAGGGGGACCCCUUGAAAAAUAAGUUGGUUCCUCUCAAGCAUAAACGAGGCGGAUUACGCUAUAUCGCCACACAAGGAAUAUUGACAAUAUACUUUGAUCAGUCAGAAUCACGGACCUUUCGUGAGACAUUUCUUAUAAGGUAUCGUUUUAUAUUCAUGGGAUUCAGGUUAUCACGGCUUUUAGUGUGAGCGUAAGCUAACUCGAGACCGGCAACCAUGCUAUGAAGUCACUGAAAGCUAGUUUUAACGAAAGAGGCUCGACUGCAGUUCCCAGCUUAACUCUUGAAAACAGUCUUAAGUGCAUUCUGGGAUUGAACGUCUUCGCUGUGAGUUUCCUACCAUAAGCAAGCAUUGUCGGAAUAAAUUAAAUUUCUCUGGAUUGAUACAUUGGAUAAAGUUGAAAUUCCUACGUUUUAAACAGACCGUGUGCUUUUAAAUCCUUUCCACUACUGUAGCAUUUAUGAGGAUAUAACGUCCAGAUAUAUGAAUUUCGAUUGGUGGUAAUUUCAUCUUGAAAAACGUAUUCGGGGAUUAUUUUGAGUGCUGGAAUAGUUGCUAUUUGUGGACGUCAUUGCGUAAUGACGUCAUGAUGACUCAAACAGGGAUAUUAGCUUACGCCUCCGCAUUACCGCCUGGCAACUUGACGUAUUACGAAAAUUCAACGAUUUUACCAACUGAAGCCGACGGCCACAUAUUCUAUUGGGAAACAGUGUUAGUCCCGGUGAUAUGGGGAAUCUUGAUUCUGAUUGGUGGAAUAGGAAACGGACUUGUGAUCUACGUCAUCGUUUUUCACGGAGAGCGUCGUGUUACACAUUGUUACAUCGUCAAUCUGGCGAUAACGGAUCUGGCUUUCUUGUUCUUCUGUGUACCAUUUACGAUGACGUUUUACGCAUUGCCGCAAUGGAUAUUUGGAAACAUCAUGUGCAAGUUCGUCAUGUAUAUCAUAUACGUCACAAUGAUGGCAACGUGCCUGACCCUCACGGCCAUGACCAUAGACCGAUAUUUCGCCAUUGUUCACCCGUUAAAGUCCAUGAACAAACGGACGCCGAGAGUGGCCAUCCUAACUAGUUGUAGCAUAUGGAUAGUUUCCUUCAUCCUCUGUAUUCCAUUCUUCAUUCACAACCGGGUGGUUGAGGCCUACCACAACGGCCCCAGCUACUUUUGUCGAGACAUGUGGCCUUCAAUGUUUGCUAGUCGACUGCAGCAAGCACUCGUCGUAUCUGUGUGUUACGUCAUACCGCUCAUCAUCAUUGUCAUUUGUUAUACAUUGAUGUUGCGCCAUCUUUGGAAGAAUGACAGCACUAGACAUAGGAAUAGAUUUGACCGCCCCGUUUCCGACCCAGCCCGCGAUCUCCAGGACAAGAACCGUCGCAAGGUAGCCAAGAUGAUCGCAAUCGUGGUCAUCCUAUUUGCCCUCUCGUGGCUUCCAAUCCACGUGCUGCUCACCUGGAAGAACUUCGACCCAUUUUUCCCACUCAGCAAUGAACUGUACAAUGUGAAAAUUUUCGCUCACACUUUAUCAUACACGAAUUCGUGCGUGAAUCCAUUCGUCUAUAGUUUUAUGGGCGAUGGGUUCCGCCGUGCAUUUCGCCGGUCGUUUCCGAGGUGUCUUAAGACGAAUCGCGUCUCUCCCUCUGGUAGCCAUGUGCUCUCGCAGGGACCGUUCAACCGAGUUAGUGACCGAAGUCUCGGAAGUGAGAAGUCGGGCACGAUUUCCUUCCCAACAAGCGGAAACAGCAGUCUAACUAGCAGUGAUGAAAAGUUGCAAGUGGAUGAUAAUUUUAAUUAUAAGCUGGAGUGGACAGUUGCGAACGUAUUUGUUGGGAAACAUUUGUAGUCCGAUCCAAC